AUGCUUGACUGGCUUCUUUCACGCAUGGCUGGUUGCACAUUCAAGCAGCUGACACUCGAAGAUGGUAGGGGGCGUGUUGUUGUUUUGGUGCAUAGAAGAAGUUGUAGAAAGAAAAGGAUGGCUGGGUCCAGCAAGGGAAGUUGUUUAAUCAUCGUUAGUUCACAUUCAGAUGGUGUUCUUGCACAGUCUUUUAUACAUUCCUUUACACUGACUCACUCAGCCUUUAAUGUUCAGUUAGCAGCACCAGUGGCGAAAGCUAUUGAUUUCAUUAAACAAGAUGAUAACAGUAGAAAAUGGUUAAAUGAAUUUCGUACAAAGCCUUUUGCUACACCAGUCAGACUGGAAACUAUUGAAGCUAGUCGGUAUUCAGCCCUUCUUUUCCCCGACGCACCUGGAGCAUUACAUGAUCUGUCAUCCAACUCUGAACUUGCCAAUAUUAUCCAACAUUUUAUUCACGAACAAAAGCCUAUUUGUGCCAUUGGAUCAGGUGUAGCUGCACUUUGCUGUGUCAAAGAUAAGUACAAAUGGGGCUUCUCCAACUAUUCAAUGACAGGCCCAUCUGUGUAUGAACUUGCCCAGUCAUCUGGUUUUGGUGAAAUUCCAAUUAUUCUUGAAGAUUUUAUCAAAGAUAAUGACGCUACUUUUAGUGGUAAGUUUUGGUGUUUUUUUUUGUAUUUCAUUUAGUGAUUUAAC